AUGGCGGUGCCGCGUUCUCUAUGGCCGUUCUUGGCUCCAACAAAAAGGAUCAAGAUAAUACCACCUAGAGCCUCCGCCCAAACUUUUCUACGUUGCAGGAGCAACCGCGCCGAAGAUCGUGAAGACGACCGUGAACGGCGGAGUGCGCCUGGCGACGACAACGAUGUCGACAUCUAUGCAGAGAUGGAGAAGGGGGAAAUGCCUAUCGAGCAGCGGUUAGAGCACAUGGGCCUCGACGCAGCAGAAUAUACUGCGCUCAAGACCAGCUCGAAGAGGGCACAGAAGAAAUUUGACAACUGGACGCCCAAUGAUAAAGCGGAAGCACAGAGAAAAUGGAAGAAGAUGGCAAACACACCCGACGACUUGACGCUCUUGGAGAUGUUCAAAAAAGGAAGGCCUUGA